AUGGCAGUCAAAACGGAUGUUAGUAAAGCUUAUGACCGAAUUGAAUGGCAAUUUUUAGAAGAAGUGAUGCGCAAGAAAGGUUUCUGUGAAAAAUGGAUCAUGCUUAUAAUGAAGUGUGUUACAUCGGUUUCUUUUUCGGUCAUGGUAAAUGGUAGCUCUUAUGGUCAUAUGAAUGGAACUCGUGGACUAUGUCAGGGUGAUCCGCUAUCACCAACCUUAUUUAUCCUCUGCGCAGAUGUUUUAAGUUCUUUGAUUCAACAGGCGGAACAAAACAAUGAAAUCCAACCAGUGCGUCUCAGUAUUGGAGGUCCUUCAAUAUCUCAUUUAUUAUUCGCAGAUGAUUCUCUAUUUUUCCUUAAAGCAGAUCAGACUAACAGUUCCCGACUUCUUCAGAUUUUCAAAGAUUAUGAAAAUAUAUCUGGUCAGAUGAUUAAUUUGGAGAAAUCCUCUACUACUUUUGGUACUAAGGUGUUCCAGCAGAUGCGAGAUAUGAUUCAGAACACAUUAGGUAUCCCAAAUAUUGGUGGUGGUGGGAAAUAUUUAGGUCUCCCAGAGCAGUUUGGUCGGAAUAAAAAAGCAAUGUUCAUAUAUGUCACAGAUAGUGUUAAUGGGAAGUGGGACUUGGAAGUCAUUCGUGAUCUGAUUGAACAGACUGAUAUACCUCUCAUCCAGAAAGUUUAUUUACCCUAUCAACCAGCCAUUGAUGGCAUUAUCUGGCCUUAUACGCCCGAUGGGAAUUAUUCUGUCAAGUCUGGCUAUCAUUAUAUAACUACAACUCAAGAUGCAGAGAUUGUUCCACCACCACUUGCUUCUUCUCAUGCCUUAACAAAAAAGAUCUGGUCAGCACCGAUCCCUCCGAAACUUAAACAUUUCUUCUGGAAAAUUGGUUCAAGAAUUGUAGCGGUUAAAGAAAAUCUUCUUCAUCAGCACAUUCCAGUUGAUCCUACUUGUCCAAGAUGCUGUGAUAACAAUGAAUCGAGUGAUCAUGCUUUCUUCACUUGCCUUUUCUCACAACAAGUCUGGCGUCUCUCAGGUUGGGUCAAAUGUAACUACGACGCUGCUCACCGUGAAGGUCCUCACGACUCUGGAAUGGGUUGGUUAAUCCGUAAUAAACAUGGUACUCUUUUAGAAGCUGGAAUGGGAAAAUUUGAAGGACGAUCAACAGUUAUGGAGUCGGAAUUGUCUGCACUGAUUUGGUCAAUGCAAGCAUGCUCUUCGUUAGGUUAUAGGAACGUCAUAUUCGAAGGAGAUAAUCUCAGUAUCCUUAAAUACAUAAAAGGGAAAGCCUACAGUUCCCAUUGUCAACACUUGGUCAACUCAGUCAUUGCAUGGAAGUCUCGAUUUCUCUCAACAUCAUCAUAUAUGCAUGUUCAUCGUCAAAUAAUGGUUGUGCUGACUUACUAG